AUAAAAGAAGCUCCAUCAGCAAACCCCUCGAAGGGAUACUAAGUGGGUUAGCUAAUCUCCGAAAUUCCAGUUGAAUCCUCAUCUCUCGAAGAUGCUCGAAGAAAGGAAGACCAACGAUAGUCAAUGGGGAAAGAUGAUUAUGAAGUAGGAGAAGAAGAAGUAGAAUCUAAAGAGGAAGAACUAGAUGAAGAUGGUGAUGAUGAUGAUGAUGACGACGACGACUGGGAUGACGAAAAACCAGGAGCAGAAAAAUGGAGAAAACAUUACUCAUCAAAGCAUCGAAUCUUGUUGGUUGGAGAAGGAGACUUCUCUUUCUCCCUCUGCUUAGCCAGAGCCUUUGGCUUUGCAGGAAACAUGGUCGCCACUUGCCUUGAUACCCAAGAGAACUUAAGUAAAAAAUAUGGAAAUGGAUGGGGGAAUGUGAGGGAACUUGAAGAGAGAGGCUGCUUGGUGUUGUACGGAGUGGAUGUAAAAGAUAUGAGCCAACAUUUCUUUCUCAGAACCCAGAGAUUCGAUCGCAUCAUCUACAACUUUCCUCAUGUUGGUUUCUUGUAUCGUGAGGAUAGCUUCUGCCAAAUCCAGUUGAACAAGAGAUUGAUAAAGGGUUUUAUGGAGAAUGCUAGAGUUCUGUUGAAACAGGAGAAAGGUGAGAUCCAUGUGAGCCAUAAGGAAGGAUAUCCUUACAACAGAUGGGGAUUAGUGAAGAACGCAGAGAAGAAAGGUCUGGUUUUGCAUGAGAUUGUUCCCUUCAGCAAAGAUGAUUACCCGGGUUACCACAACAAACGAGCAAAUGGUACUCGUCCUGAUUUACCAUUUUCUCUCGGCGAUUGCAGUACUUAUAAGUUCAAGCUCAACCAUGCUCCCAAAUUUACUUGACUGCAUUGCAGGAGCUCACAGAUAUCUAUAUAUGUAUGGAGUUUCAGUUCUUGGUAGAUGGGGAAAUGUAAAUAAAACUAAUAAGGGCUUAUUGGUUGAUUCUAUGUUGAGAGACAUUUUGUGUAUGAAAUUGAGUAGUCCAUUGAUCUCACCAUAGAAAUGCCUUGUUCAAUAUUUUACUAAUCUAUGAUCAUCAAAAUCAAA